CUCAAGUUACAAAUGAGGUCUAAGCACUCAACUGGUAGAGCACUCGAGGAGGAAGAGGGUCACACAGGUCGUACCGACUGCUCGAACGAAUUUGAUGAAUGGUUGUUGAGAAUGUGUGAGAUUAAUUGCACGUCUUUUUACCGCAGGUCGAGCGAAAAAGGGAGGAACUCGAGAUUGCUGUGUAACCGGUGUGGUGAGGGUACCACCCGGGAGAGCAAAGUGCAUCUGCACUGUUCAGCCUUUGCAAACGUGCAUUUCAAAGAAGAUGGCACAGUGAGCGCGACGGGCUGCUUUGAACACAUCGGACAUGAACCCGAUCCUGCCUUGGUACGUUGGGCAGACGAACAGGUGGAGUAUCUAAAAUACAUGAUUCAAGGGUUUUCUACUGACUACAUCAUUCAAGAAAUGAGAAGGGACUACGAGUCAAAGGAAUGCAGGCUAGCUUCAAAAAAGCAUCAUCGGAGCCUCUGGAAAUCCACUCAAAGUAGAAUAUCUUGGGGAAGGAAAAAUCGAGCAGUCGGCAGCAUUCCCUCGAAAAUGUGCUGUGGUGAGCACUUUUAUGUUUACGGAAAGAUGGCACAUACGACUGAAGCAAUAGAAGCUUAA